GAGUCUCCCUACCUACCAAGGUAUAUCAAAAGUUAGGCAACCUAACCGUAAGAUAAACUUAUUAACGAAAUCAAAGAUCCAUUUCAUUUUCAUAUUCAAAGAAUCACGAUUUCUACCAUAUACCCUCUCUCAGACUCCACCUGAUAUAUAUGCCCCCUUUCCGAUCUUAGGUUACACGUUAAUAUACCGUAAUAGUCUUCACGACAUUGAGCUCCCCGGCAUUGCGCUACCUGUUAUCGCCAUGCCAGUUCCACCAUCCGAGUACGUGAGCAACGUAUGGAAGCAGGGCAUAUUCGAUGGCCGUGUCGUAUUUGUAACCGGUGGCGCUGGUACAAUAUGUAGCGCGCAGACAAGAGCUUUGGUACAUCUCGGUGCGAAUGCCUGCAUCAUCGGGCGUAACCAAGAAAAGACCGAGAAAGCCGCUAUUGACAUUGCGACCGCGCGGAAGGGCGCAAAGGUUAUCGGGAUUGGGGGAUGUGACGUAAGAAAGCCCGAGGAUCUGGUAAAGGCUGCCGAAAGAUGUGUGAAGGAACUCGGCGCUAUUGAUUUCGUUAUAGCCGGUGCUGCAGGCAACUUUGUGGCCCCUAUUUCGGGCCUUACUACUAAUGGCUUUAAGAGUGUUAUGGAAAUUGACGUAUUGGGGACGUAUAACACCGUUAAGGCCACCAUUCCAUACCUUAUCGAGUCAGCUAGUCGGAAUAAGACGAACAGCGAUGGCCUGACAGGGGGGAGAAUCAUUUACGUAUCAGCGACUUUCCACUACACCGGCAUGCCCAUGCAAGCUCACGUUAUGGCUGCGAAAGCUUCGGUAGACUCUAUAAUGGCCUCCGUGGCUAUUGAGUAUGGUCCGUAUGGAAUAACUUCCAAUGUUAUCGCACCUGGUGGUAUCGAAGGGACAGAAGGUCUGGCGAGAUUAUCGAGCAGCAAGGUUGAUCCAAACAUACUUGCAAAUCAUAUCCCGUUGGGACGAUUCGGUACGGUUCGAGAUAUCGCAGACGCUACUGUCUACCUCUUCAGCGACGCUGGUAACUACGUGUCCGGAGAGGUUCUUGUUGUGGAUGGUUCUGACUGGAGGAACAAGGGUAUGGGGGUUGGCCUCGAUGCUGGCAUGAAGUACCCGGACUACCUAUUAAAGGGCGAAUUUUCUAAGAACGUUAGAGGCGGUAAAAAGGAGAAGUCGAAGCUAUAAGCGGAAAUAGCUCGGGCAAGACCUGGUAUUCUAAAAUAUUAUCCCGGCGGUAUGGGCACAUACGUCAUCAGCUGAAGUCGGGAACAACCUUUGGAAACCGGGAUUAAAGGAGGUAGCUUAUUGCAAAUUAUCAUUGACAUAUCAGGGACCGGCCAGCGAAUUCGUUGUAUAAUUAUCGAGAUCUUAAGGGGAAGCGGGCAUAUUGACAAUCCGCAAUAUAUAUAUAUAUAUAUUAUCUGAAUGUAUUUUUAUAUCGUCGAGAUGGCUGCGGCCGUAUAUCUCUGCCCACGGAGGUAUUCCUAGCAUCUUAAAACCCCGUGUCAAGUAUCCUCUGAGGUUGUUAGUCUCAAAACAACACCUCCAAAUCUAUCCCUAUUCAAUAUCUAAAUCUGACAUCCAUUCGGAUUGUCGGACUACAAGAUGGACCGACGAUGCUG